AUGCGCGAAGUGGAGGGAGCUGGGGUGGAGUUUGAACCGGGAGGAGGGAGAGGGGAGCUGGACUGGGGCGGUUCAAUAGGCGUCCCCGGGGAGGGAGCUGGCAGGCCGGCCAUCUGUGAUCGCUCGCUACCCAUGGAGCUGUCAGUUCGCGGCCAGGCGGCGAUCCCAGGCAGAGCAAAGCCGGGGCCAGCCCGCGGAUCGGCUCCGUGCACCCUGCCAUGUACAGGCGGAGACUACGCCUCCCACUGCCUCUCGGCCUCUGCUCCGUCGCCCUGGUGCUGCUGCUGCUCGGGGGCUUCCGAGGCUCCUGGUGCCCCCGCAACCCGCCGCUGAGCCGGGAGGAGGCGCUGCCGUCCGCGGGGGCAGGGGUCGCGGGCAGGUCGGAGAUCGCCACCGGACGGGUGACCUAUGUCCGGAGUCUGAAGAGGGACCGUCCAGCAGCCCGCGCCCGGGUUGCCGAGGGUUUGGGGCCGGACUGCUGCCCUAGCCCUCUGCUGCAGGGCAAACGCAAGUCGCUUCGUUGGCACAUUGAACUCCAGCCCUGGGUCAGUCCGCGACAUUCUCUGCAGGAAGAAGCGGCUCGGUUCCUGGCCUACAUCAGCCAUUCUCAGGUUCCCUGCACCAAGGUGGAUGGAACGGUUUUGAUCGGCAGCUCGGAGAAGACCCAGGAACCGUGGGCUGUCUGCCUGGACGAUACAUUUCACCUGGCUCGACAGAUACACACAGGGAAGUGCCGGAUUUACUCAGUGGGACUGGGGAGCAGAGACGAACACUUUGAAGAGGAAAUGGCCGGAGCGGGCUGUGAGGUACACUACUUUGAUCCCAGCGUCCGAGAGGCCCACGUCCAGAAGGGCAAGGGGUACUGGCACCACCGCAUAUCCAUCGACUGGCGAGACCCCAACCCGGCCAUCGCAGCCCAGCAGCAGCCCACAGCCACAAAGAAGCUGGGCGUGAUAAUGGAUCAGUUUGGUCACAGGAAGAUUGAUGUUCUCAAGGCAGACUUGGAGAGCGCAGAAUGGAAGAUUCUGGAAAACCUAAUUCUGGAAAACGUCAUUGAAGAAAUUGGACAGCUAGUCUUCGCAAUACAUCUACACUGGCCCGGGUUCGAGGUCAGCGGGGGUGACAAUGAUGUGGUUCGAUACUGGUACAGCCUGCUGAAGGAACUGGAGCUCACGGGGUUCAAACUUUUCUGGAGUUACAAGAACAUAAAUAAGCCUCAGAUCUUCCUACAAAAGCAGGUUUUCAAUGCCAGUAGCAGCUACGUCCUCAGCUGGGUGAAUACCCAGUGGGGACUGCAUUGAAUCUGGAGAUAGAUGCUGGUGCCUUGUGCCCAGUCCAAGCCUCCCUGUAAUCUACUGGUGAAAAUAAUUGUGAAUUCCUUCAGGAGGAUUAAACUAUUCCAAAGAAAUGCAGUUUGAGACUUCACAGCAAGAAGUGGAUACAUUGGCUGCUUAUUUCCUUGCCUAUUGGUGGUAAACUGAACUGAUUCGGACGUGAUUGGCACAGUCCUGGCUAUGUGACCUCGUGGACAAGAUUUGGUUUUUGGCAAACUAAAGGCUGGACUGAACAUUAUGUUGUAUGGGAUGUAGUUCUCAGGGUUGACAGUUACCAACGCUGGUGACAACCUGAUAAAUGUUACCGAAAGAAUUAAAGAUGUUCAGGUAUAUAAUUUUUUUCAAUAACUUGCCUCCAUUUUCUUCCACCCCACAAUUUUCACUUACAAAUAGAUGUCACAGAUGUCAAAAUUGUUUUUGUACAUACGUGAAAUGGGUUGAAAUAAGCUGCAUUUUAUGACCGAGGAACUAGAUGUUUGUGAAGUACUUUGCUCACAGAGUAUGAAUUCAAAUUACAGACGUUGUCCUGGAGGAAAUUUAAGAAUCUGUUUAUAAGUACAAGGUCUGGGACUAGGGUACAGUGAGGGAAUAGAGCUGAUGGGGUUGCUAUACGAGAAGCUGACUCAAUGGAAUGAACAGCCUUUUUCAAUGCUACUACAAUCCUAUUGUUCUAUAAUCUUAUAGCAGUGAGAUACAUGGCCAGAAAUUCUUAAUUAACCUUGUAAGAGGAAAAGAAGGGGUCUGAUAAGGAAAAAUAGUUAAUCCCAGUGGUUGCAAGGCCAGUAAUUAAGUUGAAGAUGGCGCUGAGGCAAGGAGAGAGUUUGGACAAAUCUAACAGCCGUUCCUGGUAUAAUGGCCAGAACGGCCAUGGCACAUGGAAAUAGUACAAACAGGUAUUUGAUGACCAGCAUGGAAAAGAUGGGGUAAAACGUCUGUUUCCCUUUUGAGAACAUAUGAUUUUCUUCCUGCAUCUAUCUACAGAAUGUGGCAGGGAAAAAGUGCAAGGUCAUUCAAUUCCUGAAUAAAAUGUUAUGUAAAAUAAAAACAGAAAAUGAAAGCAUUUAAUAGAUCAGGCUGCAUCUGUGGAAAAAGAAACACAGUUAAGCUUCAGAUCCAUAAAACAUGGGAGCAGCAUUAUUACAUUUGCUGACGAUACUGAUCUCAAAUAAUAAUGAGGCAACCUACAGAAUCAAGUCAUCACCCUGACACAGUGGUGUCAUGAAAACAACUUCUCUCUUAAUGUUGCAAAAACAAAGGAGCUGGUUGUGGACUACAGGAGGAAUGGAAUCAGGCUAACCCCUAUUGACAUCAAUGGAUCUGGGGUUGAGAUGGUGAAUAGCUUUAAGUUCCUUGGCAUAAACAUCACUGAGGAAAUCACGUGGCCUAUACAUACUGGCUGUGUGGUGAAAAAGGCACAACAGCACGGCUUUCAUGUCAGAUGGUUGAAGAAGUUUGGUAUGGGCCCCCAAUCCUAAUCACUUCCUGCAGGGGCACAUUUGAGAACAUCCUGACCGGCUGUAUGGAAACUGUACUUCCCUUAAUCACAGGACUCUGCAGAGAGUGGUGUGGACAGCCCAGCGCAUCAGUAGGUGUGAACUUCAGGACAUUUACAAAGACAGGUGUGUAAAAAGGACCUGAAGGAUCAUUGGGGACCCAAGUCACCCCAACCACAAACUGUUCCAGCUGCUACCGACCCGGAAACAGUACCACAGCCAACAGGCUCCGGGAUAUCUUCUUCCAUCAGACUGCUUAAUUCCCACAGAUACAACUGUAUUUCUAUGUUAUAUUGACUGUCCUGUUGUACAUACUAUUUAUUAUAAUUUACUAUAAAUUGCACAUUGCACAUUUAGAUGGAGACAUAAUGCAAAGAUUUUUACUCCUCAUGUAUAUGAAAUGCAAGUAAUAAAGUCAAUUCAUUUCAAUUCAUUUGGCCGAUCAAGUCUGCUCUGCCAUUUCAUCAUGGCUGAUCCAUUUCCUUCUCAACCCCAUCCUCCCGCCUUCUCCAUGUAUUAACACCCUGACUUAUCAAGAAUCUAUCAAUCUCCACCUUAAGUAUACCCAUUGACCUGGCAAUGAAUUCCACAGAUACAUUACCCUCUGGCUGAAGAAAUUUCUCUUUAUUUCCAUUCUUUUUUUUUUGUAUUAGAAAGAAUAUACUUAACUCCAAACACCAAGCACAUUGUUCUUAACGGACAUCCCUCCAUCCUCAGGAUGUGCCCUCUGGUCCUCGAUUCUGUCACCAUAGGAAACACCUUUUCCACAUCAACUCUAUGUAGACCUUUCAACAUUCAGUAGGUCUUAAUGAGAUCUCCCCUCAUUCUUCUAAAUUCUAGUGAGUAAAGGUCCAGAGCCAUCAAUCACUCCUCAUGCAAUAAGCCUAUCAUUCUUGGGAACCUCCUCUGAACUCUCUCCAAUGUCAACACAUCCUUUCCUAAAUAAGGGGUGCCAAACUGCUCACAAUAUACCAUGUGAGGUCUCACCAGUGUCUUAUAAAGCCUCAGCAUUACAUCCUUGCUUUUAUAUACUAGACCUCCAGAAAUGGAUGCUAACAUUACAUUUGCCUUCCUCACCACCAACUCAGCUUGCAAGUUAGCACUAGGGACUCACAAGACCCCUUGCAUCUCUCAUUUCUGAAUUUUCUUUAAGGAGUCUACCAAAGUGCAUGACCAUACACUUCCUGACACUGUAUUCCAUUUGUCAUUCUUUUCCCAUUCUCCCGCUCUGUCCAAGUCCAUCUGUGAUCAUCUCUGCUUCCUCAAUGCUACCUGCUCCUUCACCUAUCUUUGUAUUGUCUACAAAGCUCCAAUUCCAUCACAGUCACUGGCAGCCGAUCAGAAAGGGCUCCCUUCAUUCCCACUCUUUGCCUUCUGCCAAUUAGCCAAUGAUCUAUCCAUGCUAGUAUCUUUCCUGUAAUACCAUGGACUCUAAUCUUGCUAAGCAGCCUCAUGUGCGGCACCUUGUCAAAGGCCUUCUGAAGAUCCAAGUACACAAUAUCCACCAAUUCUCCUUUGUCUCUCCUGCUUGUUAUUUCCUCAAAUCAUUCUUACAGAUUCACCAGGCAAGGUUUCCCCUUAAGGAAAUCAUGCUGACUUUGGCCUAUUUUAUUAUGUGCCCAAUCAGUGAAAGAGCAUGAAAAGAAGCAAGACUUUCAUUGAAGUCCGCGGCUGAACAUUAAAAAAGGCAGCGCUUCCCAGCAGUUUUCGGAGUUAUUUUGCCCAAUCAGUGUGCAGAAUUCAUUAGAAAGGGUGAAUAAAAAUAAGGUGGGGACAAGCGGAGCGGCCAUUGUGUGAGCGGGCCGGUGUUGGAAGGGCUCAUCAGACUUCAGCGAGGUAAUUCUCCGGUAAGCUUCUUAUUCUUUAUUCUUCAUUCCUCAUCAGUUAGUGCCGUGAGAAUGGCUCCAGGGGCUGCGUUUCGUUCUGUGUGUGAGGUGCGGGAAAUCUGGGAGACAUCCGGCUUCCCAAAUAACCACACCUGCACCAGGUGCACCGAACUGCAGCUCCUCAGGAAGUGUGUUAAGGAACUGGAGCUGCAGCUCCUCAGGAAGCGUGUUAAGGAACUGGAGCUGCAGCUCGAUGACCUUUGGCUCAUGUGGAAAUGACAGGAGCUAAAGGGAGCUAGUCACCCAUAGGUUGCAGGAGGCAAAUAACUGGGCGACUGUCAGGAGAAGGAAGAGACAUGGGCAGCUAAUGCAGAGUACCCCUGUGGCCAUUCUCCUCAGUAAUAAGUAUACCACUUUGGAUACUGUUGAGGACAAUCUACGAAGGGGGAGCCACAGUGGCUGGGUCUCUGGCACUGAGUCUGGUGCUGUGGCUCAGAGGGAAAGAGUGAUGAAGAGGACUGCAGUAGUGACAGGAGAUUCCAUAGUCAAAGGAACAGAAAUGAGAUUCUGUGGACACUAAAGAGAUACCCAGAUGGUAUGUUGAUUCCCAGGUGCCAGGGUCAGGGAUGUCUCGGACUGGGUCCAUGGCAUUCUAAAGGGCAGCCCAAAGUCUUGGUGCAAAUUGGCACCAAUGACAUAGGUAGGAAAAGGUGACGUGGUCCUGAAGAGAGAUUUUAGGGAACUAGAUAAAAAGUUGAAAAGCAGGACCUCCAGCAUAAUAAUCUCUGGAUUGCUGCCUGUGUCACACAUCAGUGAGGGUAAGAAUAGGAUGAUUUGGCAGAUGAGUGCACGGCUGGGAAACUGAUGCAGUGGGCAGGAGCUCAGAUUUAUGGAUCAUUGGGAGCUUUUCUGAGGAAUGUGCAGCCUGUACAAAAGGGACGGGUUACGCCUGAACCCGAGGGGGACCAAUAUCUUUGUAGGCAGAUUUUCUAGAGCUGUUCAGGAGCACCAAUAUUAAUAUAAUAUUAUAUGGUAAGGUAUCUUUUUUUCUCUUUUUUUUCCACCAACCAGCUCAUUUUGGUAGUGGGGGUAGAUUUUUUUAAUAAAAUACAAUUAUUUUAUUUAAUUUCAUUUCAUAAUUCAAUCUUUUUUACUACAUGAUUGAUUUGGAAUAUGGGAUACACUAAUUUAAAUGUAACGUAAUUUGUAUUACUUGUAUCCUUAUGAAUUCUGUACUUGU